AAAACAGACAUGAGUCCGAUUUGAUUGUCCACAAUCAUUUGUGUGGGCGUGUGUGUGUGUGUGUGUGCGCAGAGACCUACUGAGAAGCUCUUCACAAUGGCGCCAAAGAAGGCAAAGAAGAAGACUGCGGAUGCUGGCUCCAACGUGUUCAGCAUGUUUGAACAGUCCCAGAUCCAAGAGUUCAAGGAGGCUUUCACGAUCAUGGAUCAGAACAGAGACGGUGUCAUCGACAAGGGAGACUUAAGGGACACGUACGCCGCCUUAGGCCGCCUCAAUGUGGGUAAUGAGGAGCUGGACGAGAUGAUGAAGGAGGCCCCCGGCCCUAUCAACUUCACAAUCUUCCUGGCUAUGUUUGGAGAAAAGCUCAAAGGGACUGACCCUGAGGAAACCAUUCUGAACGCCUUCAAGUUGUUCGACCCAGAUGCGACGGGUGUACUCCGGGGAGAAGACAUCAAAUACAGCCUAAUGUCUCAGGCGGACAAGUUUACAGAGGAAGAGGUAAAUGAGAUGUUCACCAACUUCCCCCUGGAUGUUGCGGGCAACCUGGACUACACAAACCUGUGUUACGUUAUCACUCAUGGGGAGGACAAGGAGCCGGAGUGAAUAGAAGUUCUCCCAGCCCUGUUGAUCUAGUCCAUAGUUACUGUGAGCUGUGCCACACGAGACAUGUAUUAAAAUACAAUGACUUCUUUG